AUGGCGACCUCUACGUCCCAGAUGUCGGGCGGCCUCACAGCCAAGGACCUGGACGCAGAGGAGGUGAACGUAACGUCUGCAGUCCUGAUGGGAGCCGCCCACCACUACGGCAAGUACUGCGAGGGACCCAACGAGACGUUCAUGGAGUGCCGAACCGCCAGCAAAGACCCUCGCAAGUGCCUCGCGGAGGGCAGGGAGGUCACCUGCUGCGCCCUCGAGUUUUUCCGCGCCGUAAAGGGCAGCUGCAACGAAGUCUUCACGGCUCACUGGACGUGUCUGGACGAGAACAAUCAGAGCUUCAAGGCGUGCAAGAAGACGCGGAAGGCCUUCGACGCGUGCAUGGAAAAAACAAACGGCAGUAGCGACAGUUCGGCGGCAGACCCUGCGGCCUCAUAG